CACACUCUCACUCUCACCUGAAUUGUAUCAAUUUGCAGCACUUCAGCAGCCUCGUGUUCACUCACAGUGCCUGCCCACCACUUCCAUCUCUUCGAUCAGAAUGAAGACCGCUCACUUCAUUGCUAUUGUGGCCUCAGUGCUUGCUGCAGCCACCUUUGCCGCAGCUGCAUCCUACUCCUCCAGCCUUAAAAAUGACUGCGACUUUGAUGUCAAUGUGAACAUCGUGCUCAUACCGGGUCUCCAGCUCGGGUCACUUGGUGUCAUCACCGUGGUUGCCCACACCGUCCAGUCCGUGCUGUACACCAUAACGGGCCUCGUCGCCGGUCUGCUCGGCCUGACCUGGAAGAUCUCCGCUGUGAUCGAUGGAGUGUUGCGUACAGUUAACGUUGUGGUGCCCUUGAAUGGUACGGUUCAGAUCGUCGAGACAGCGGUGGGCACGGUUGCAGUUCUCGUCAACAAUGUGGUCAAGGGAUACUUACUUCAGUUGUGAAUUGCAGAAUCUGUACGCAUAAACUGACGGUCAGAAAAAGGUCGGGCGAUUUCUGUUGGACAAGAAUCAUAGAACUUCUAGUGUUUUCAUCCACUAUUGGAUCUUUCCAUGGAAUAGAACGAAUUUCUACGAUAGAUGCGCACCUCUUUCAACAAUUGUACCCCA